AUGGAUGUGCCAAGGUCCCAGCAGAGUGGCAGGUGGCAGCAGAAGGCGACUGACAGUCGGCUGGUGACCGAGUGGCUGGAGAGGCGCAGGGAGAGUGGCCAGGAGCCCUCGGGCCCGUCCCCCCCGCCGACCCAGGAGCCCUCGGGCCCGUCCCCCCCACUGGCCGAGGAGCUCUCGGGCCCGUCGCCGGCCGAGGUGCCGGCUGGGGCUGGGGUGGGGGCCGACGAGCAGGAGGACAAGGAGGAGGUGGAGGUUACCGACAGCCACACCCAGACAAAGCACAAACCCCAGGGGGGCACGAAGAAGAAAGCAGCCAAGAAAGCGGCUGUGGGCUCCGCGGUGCGGCCCAUCGUCCCGGCCAGGAGGGCCGAGCUGGUGGCGGUGGCCAAGGCCAUGCACCGGGACCAGUUCGGCAGGGAGGUGCAGGAGCUGUUCCACCUGGAGAGGGAGGCGGCGCUCACGGCUAUGCAGACAGGUCUCUACAUCGGCUGGCGCUGCCCUGAGUACCUGUGGGACUGCUUCCGCGUGGGUGACCUCUCCAAGUGCUUCUGCGGGCACCUCCUGCGGGAGCACCAGGUCUAUACGCGGGCGCAGGUGCCCUGCACCGCGCUCGGCUGCAAGUGCCAGAGCUUCAUCUUCAUCCCCUCCCGGCCUGAGGACGUGGGCGAGUUCUGGCUGAGGAAGAGAGUCGGCUUCGACCCCUCCGCCUGGCGGGCCACGUGCCGCUGCAAACACAACCACGAGGAGCAUGCGCCCAGCGCCAGCCGCGCCUGUCGGGCCGCAGGCUGUUGGUGCGUCAGCUUUGAGUCCAACUUCCUGUGUGCGGCCUGCGACCGGCGCUGGGAGGAGCACGAGACCUUCUUCGAGACGGCUGAGACGCGGCGAAAGGGGGGCCGGCCCUAUGGGGAAGCCUACUUGCCCUUUGCCGAGAUGCCGGAGCUGCGGAACGCCGUCCUGACGGGACACCCGGGGCACAGCUCUGCCCCCCAGGCCCCGCUGGGGGAACUCCCGGCCCCACCCUCACAGGCUCUGCCUUUUCCCUCCCCAGGACUGCGGAGCCCGGCCAAGCAGAGCGGCAAGAAGGUGUGA